AUGCGUAUUUGGCAACAAAACUCUUCAACAAAAUUUGUCUCUCAGAUGUCAGAAGGAAAUUAUUGUCACCACCAACAUUGUGAAAUAUUAAAUUUCGCUCGACCCGGUACGCCGACUGAUUCUCUCACAGCUGCUAUGACGGCUGAACGAAGAAAAUUACGCGAACUUCCGAGACUUUCUAUCAACACAGACAUUACGUUAAACUCUCAUCCGGCAAAAAAGUCACCCCAUCAAGUUGAUGAGGUCAAGGUUACACGAGACACUCCGCACGUCAAAUUCGCCGAAAAAAAUCAUCGACGUACUAAAACUGAAGUCAAAAUUACUGCGGAUCUCGAUGUUGAGUCAAAUGAAUCAAAGAGAGAUGAUAAUGAGAAAUUCGAGAACGAUAAAAAGAAAAAGCAGAGAUGUAAUGCGAAACAAUUAAAAGCAUAUCGACGUGCCUCCGCGCCUGCCAAAGGAAUGGAUUAUUAUUUUAAGAAUACCAAACAAACAAAAGAGAAUUUGGUUGCCAUAAACUAUUUUAGUAAUAGUAACACUGUACCCGAGGUUAAUGAAAGUGAACAUAGUAUACCAACCGUUCAUGUUCAAGACUAUAACGAAAAAAAUAAUCAAGACAUGAAUAAUGACAAUCGUAAGAUGUCAAUUAUGUCCAUGUCAUCGUCAAUCACAUCCAUAUCAAGCAUUAUAUCUCCUUGUGACCCCCCAUCACUAUCUCCAUGUUCUUCAACUUCAUCUCUAAAUUCUUCGAUUGAUAUGCUUAGUCCCGCGAUUGCAAAGCAACAAAACUUUCCACAAAAUUUUAAUCCUUGGCCAAUUAAAUCAAGAUCGAAAAGUAUCUCUAAUGAAGAAAUCCUUUUUAAAACCGAAUCACGUUCUCUACCUGAUAUUGUACCUUACGAUGCGAACACGCCGUGGUCUCCCGCUGCCAUGUUCUUGUCCAAUUUUGCUCAUUCAGCUAAACAACCCAUGCCUGAUGAAGAAGGUCAACAAGUUGGAGAGUACAUCAUUGGAAAAGUUAUCGGACGUGGUGGGUUUUCCACUGUUAAGCAAGCUUACACGAUGGAUAGUUAUUCGGGUUCUAUGGAAACUGUUGCGGUUAAAAUCAUAAGGAAUUAUCAUGGAUCUCAAGAUGAUGAUCGUGUUCAGGCAUUGCUUGAAAGGGAAAUCGCAAUUUGGAAUAGACUCGAUCAUCCAAACAUUGUACCAAUGUUAUCAGCUGAAGAAACCGAUUACGCUACAUUUGUAUUUUCGGAGUAUUGCCCGGGGGGAACACUUUUACAGUAUAUCAAAACCCAUGGUCUAUGCGAAGGAAAAGGAUUGGACGAAGAUGAGGCAAGAAACAUCUUCUUGGAAAUAGCGGAAUCAAUAAGAUACCUUCAUAAUGAUAUGAGGCUCGUCCAUAAAGACAUUAAAUUGGACAACAUAUUAUUGGAUAAAGAUGAUACAUGGAGAAUUUGUGAUUUUGGCUUAACAGAGUUUCAAAACGAAGAGAAUGGAUUUAAUAAUAUAUUAUAUAGCGAUAUAGUAGGAGGGUCACUAGCUUAUUGUGCGCCUGAACAGUUAAGAUCUCCCACCCCACUAAAAGAUGCUUCCGUUGAUAUAUGGAGUUUAGGUGUGGUCUUAUUUGCCAUGAUAACGGGUCAAUUGCCAUUCUCCGAUUCUUUUCAACCGAGGUUACAAUUGAAAAUUCUUAAUGGACGUUACGAUGAAAGUAUGUUGGAUGUUGCGGUAGCUAGUGAUGAAUUAAAAGACUUGUUAAAAGGAAUGUUUAAAACAAAACCACAACAACGUUUAACAAUCUCUCAGAUAUUGGAACAUCAAUGGUGUGAACGAUGA